CAACCCUCUUUCUCUUUUUCCUUGUACUUCUUUGUUCUUUGUUUUUCUUUCAUGAGCAGAGAGCUGUCUCUCUCUCCUGUACGUCUCUCUCUCCAACCUUCAUUAUUGCUCAAUCUUUAAGCUUCAAGGGAGAGUCAUUAGCGUAAGAUUUUAUAAAAAUUUUGUAAAUAAAAGUUGGAGAUCUCGCCGUGUACUCUUUGUAGCAUUAGUCUCGGAUCGAAAAUCGGGCAAGAUUUGUCUCUCAAAUCUACUCUUCUUUAUUAUUUGAGAUAAAGAAGAGAAGGGUGUGAUGAAUUUGAUUCCAGCAUCGUGGAAGAUACUAUGGGACGUGUGGAAUGUUCGGAUGCUGGUUCUACUUAGUCUCACUUUACAAAUCAUUCUUUUCAUCUUUGGCAAACGUAGAAAGAAUAUAUCGUCACAAUGGAUUAAAGUGAUUGUCUGGUUGGCCUACAUAAUGGCCGAUUGGGUGGCAACUGUUGCCCUUGGCAAGCUCUCAAAUAAUAUUCCUAAUCCCAAUAAUGCAUUACAGGCAUUAUGGGCACCCUUGCUUUUAUUGCAUCUUGGUGGCCCUAAUACCAUAACUGCUUAUUCUUUGGAAGAUAAUCAAUUAUGGAUAAGACAUCUUUUGGGCAUGGGUGUUCAAGCUACUGUGGCAAUUUAUGUCAUUGUUAUGUCUUGGAGGCAUUUCUGGUUUUCAUUUAUGUUAAUUCCGGCAUUCGUGGCUGGAAUUAUUAAGUAUGGGGAGAGAACGUGGGCUCUUAAGUUAGCAUGCCAUGAUAAAUCAGGAAACAUUGUACCCUUUGAUUAUCUAGUGACUGCCUUUAUCAAAAAAGAGGAGAGAUAUAAAAAUGUUUUAAUUAUGGCCCACGUGAUGGUGAAGAAAUUAAAAGGUUAUAUAGAGAAUUAUGACAUUGGUAGAUUUAGUUUCGUUGUACCGUACUUCCAAUGUGCAGAAACAAAUUCUCUGCUUGAAAUGAAUCGGGAUGAUGCUACAUAUAUUCGGGAUGUAUUGGAGGUCGAAAUGGGGCUCAUGUAUGAUUUAUUAUACACAAAAGCACCCAUAACAUUUACCAAGAGAGGGUGCAUUUUUCGCUCUAUUAGCUUCAUGUGUACGGUGUCUGUGUUGGUAGGACUCUUCCGGCUUAUCGCCAUGGAAGCGAAGUGGCAAGAGCAGCACUACUCCAUGGUUGAUACUGUCAUCACAGGAGUAUUAUUGGUCGGAGCCCUAGCUUUGGAGAUUUAUGCAGUCAUUUUGUUAUUAUUCUCUGAUUGGCUGAUGCUUUGGCUAAUUAAGUGCGGCAGAGGAAAAUGGGCAAUCCGAUUGUUGCAGACAUUUCCUUGGUUUUUUGAAAAGAAGUGGUCUAAAAAGAUGUGGCAAAUCGAUCUAUUCGAAGAGGAAGACAAGGGUUCAAAAUGGAGUAGAAUGCUUGGGAGGUUGGGGAUUCAAGACGAGUUCAAUAGGUACAUGCAUAGUAUCCCUUGGACGCUAUAUCCCAUGAUUGUAAAAUUUAUUGAGAGUGCCGCAGACAACUCAAUUGACCUUGGGAGUCUUGAGGGGUUCUUUGGCUCUGCAGGUUUUCAUGACCAAAUUUUUAUUAUGCACAUGAUAACAGAUAUUUGCUACCGUGAUGAUGAUACAUACUCUUCCCAAAAUAGUGCUAACUCAUCUGGACGUCAUGAUGAUACAUACACUUCCCAAAAUAGUGCUAACUCAUCUGGACGUCAUGAUGACAAGGAAACAUGCAAAACUCUAUCAAAUUACAUGAUGUAUCUACUCCUCACCUGCCGUUCCUUGUUGCCUGCUGUUGUAUCGGAUAGCGAGUUGACGGAUUUCAUAGUCAAAGUCUGUACAGAGUUCAGAAGAAGGCAAGAACGUCAAGGACGCAAAUUGUUUCGCUCGGAAAUGAUAAAAUUUUGCAUUGACUCGAAAUUAUUUCUUCGUUAUAAAAAAGAUGAAGAAGAAGGAAGACGCAAAUUGGAUUUCAAAGAUGCGAUGGAUUUUUACUUUAAAGAUGUAAUUAUUGAACUCGACGAUGGUAAUAAGGAGGUGAAAUGGGAAAAAUUGAAAAUCGGUUGGUUGGCGAUGUUAUGCUACGCUGCAAUUAGUUGUCCAAAAAAUUACCAUCUUCAACAGCUUAAAGAAGGAGACGACCUCCUCAAUUUGGUUUGGUUCCUUAUACCGCAGUCUCGUGUAUUUUAUGACGUCAACACCUUCACUCUAAACAACUUCUUCAAUGUAUUUUCAUUCAAAGCCGGAAGGCGGGAGGGUGAGGUUAGUAUACAACGAAAACUAAAAAAGAGUUUAUUUGCAUUGGUAAUAUUUUAUUUUGUAUAUUUUGGUUGUUUUAAAAAAUUAAAAUGUUCAAUACAAUAGUAAUAUUAUGUUAUUGAUAUCACAAUCCAAUAAUAUCAUGUCAUUUACCUUCUAUUGUAUAUAUGGCAAUAUAGUUAUAUUUUGAGUAGCAAUAAUCUUUCGUAACUCGAAAUUUCUCUGGCUUGACUGCCCAAAAC